UAUAAUAAUAUAAUAAUAUAAUAGUAUAAUAAUAUAAUAAUGUAAUCAUAAAAUUGAUAAAAUUGAUGACCAAUUUUAACCCAAUGAAUGUACAAAUAAAAAUGUUCAUACUCCAAUCGUCCUAACGAUGCACAAUCGAUUGCACUAGAUCAUUCCCCUAAUUAGUGCACCUUGUUGGGUGCACCUGGAGAGACGAAGAGGCCAUUGAUUAAUGAGGUUUGUCGUCAGUUGUAAACCACCGAGCACUGGGCCACCAAUAGCAGCCUCUCCAUAAACCCCUGGCAACUGCAUGCGUGUUCAUUACAAGGUUUAAAACCCCACAAACACAACCGCGAGAAGUGGGAGAAAAAGUUAAAAAAAAAAAAAGGAUCACACAGGGCCGGAAAUGGCGGAGCGUGAUUGAUUCCCCGAGAAUGAUGUACGUGAACAUCAUUGGCAAAGAUCGGCUAAUGACGUCAGUUAUUUCACACGUGUGACUGAUGCACUCCUCCACAAGUACCUGGAAUAUGUGAUUAACCAAGUGUCCAAGAUUUUCACUGAUAAAUUGGCAGUGAGUCUAGUGCAUUGCCAUCGGUGACACACGCACGAGCAAACAAGGCGUUCCUCAGUUGCUCUAGGUGAUACUGUCCACUGGUGAACAAACAGAAGAUAAAUCCACAGGAUUAUCAUCUCGGGUACCAAAAAAUGAGAGGUCAACAAUUAUCAAGGAGUCCAAGUGUCAUUCAUAUCUCGUGGCCAACAGAAUUCCUUAUUCUUACGAGUGUAACGACCGCCCUCAUGUAGCGAAAGUGAAUUGUGUGAUAGUGCAUUCACUAUUGUGAUUUGACAGACUGAGAAUGACAUUCAACAAUUUUGAGAAUUAAAUUCUUUCGCGUUAUUGGAGUAAUUGGAAUAAUCCUGAGAGUACGAGGAUGGUUGAUUAAUAGUGGAUACCAUUAGAGUUUUUCGGGUCCCGAGGGAAGUCGAGGUUUGUUUAAGGCCUUUGAAGAUGGUAGUGUAAUUUCCAGAGAGGAUAACGACAAUAAAACCUUGAGGAAGAUGGACGAGUGCAUGUUGAAUGACCUUUUGGAGUGCUCUGUCUGCCUCGAGAGACUGGACACCUCCAGCAAAGUGUUACCCUGUCAGCACACGUUCUGCAAAAAAUGUCUGGAGGAGAUAGUGAGCACUCACCGUGAGCUCAGAUGCCCGGAGUGUCGUGUCCUGGUGGACGUCAAGGUGGACGAUCUGCCCCCGAAUGUACUGCUGAUGAGAAUCCUCGAGGGGAUGAGGAAUGCCACUCCCAAGAGUGCCAAACCUUACUCGAGAACCCUGAGCACUCCCCAGAGGCUCUUCGGUGGUCAUCAGGUAUCCCCAGCUGUCAAUCCCACACCAUCACCCAUUGUUUUAGCUGUUGAUCCUGCUAGACACGCCAAUGCCUCCGCCAAACAGGUUCACCUGCACAAUCAGCCUUAUGGAAGGGCUAUUUAUGAUUAUAUCUCCAAAGUACCUGGGGAUUUAAGCUUCAAGAAAGGAGAGAUCGUUGUUCUCAGAAAGAAGAUUGAUAAUAAUUGGUACUUUGGGGAGUGUGGAGCCAAUCAUGGGGUAUUUCCACUCUCCUAUGUACAGGUGAUGACACCUCUGCCUCCCCACGUGCCUCAGUGCAAAGCUCUCUAUGAUUUUCGCAUGACUAAUGACGAGGAGGAUGGAUGCCUGACCUUCAACAAGGGAGAGGUGAUAAGUGUGAUAAGACGAGUGGACGAGAACUGGGCAGAGGGAAAGCUCCUGGACAGAAUAGGAAUAUUUCCCCUGGCAUUCGUGGAGUUGAACAGCGUGGCACGUGCCCUGAUGAAGCUCUCGACGAAUGUCCAGCCAGGGCCAUCCCGAGUGGCACCCCCAACCCCUACAAACGAGGAGAUAACACCCCUGAUCCCCACGGAUCACACGAGAAACGUGCAAACCCCGAGGGAUAGCAAUCCCAGUGUACCAGUGACAGGUGCCCUGGCAGUGUCUGACUCGAGUUCAACGGUGUCAUCGGGUGGUAGCUCGACAACGACAACCCCCAACACACCAAACAGUUCAAGCACAUCAAGCAGCUCCAGUACAGCGCCAAGCAGUCCCAUCAGCCCAGCGACAUCACCACCAGCUGUUGGCAGUCGUCACUCAGCGAAACGUCACAGUUUUACAGCCAUGAACAGUGGACACCACCAGCAUCCUCAUCAUCGACACUCAGCAGAGAUUCUCAGUCCCCCGGUGGAUACCAAUGGUGGCAGCAACACCUCCACCUCCACCUCCGACGUAUUCUCAUCACCAAUUAAUGCCUCUCCAGGGCCUGAACAUAACAUCAGGCAUCGACGCAGUGGCAGCAGUGAUCUUGUGCUCUCUCAGCCAUCAUCAAGCCUCCCAGCAUCCAGCAAUCUUCCAGCUGCAUAUAUUGCCCUGUAUCCUUACAAGCCUCAGAAGGGGGACGAGCUCGAGCUGAGAAAAGGGGGAAUUUACAUGGUCACUGAGAGAUGUCAGGAUGGCUGGUUCAAGGGGACGUCCAAUAGAACUCAGAAGUGUGGGGUUUUUCCUGGAAAUUAUGUGGCACCUGCCAAGUGCCAGAGGGGAAUAUGUCGAGUCACUCCCACCAGUACUCAUCAGACUGCCACAUUGACCACUGUACAGAGUCCAGGUGACACCAGGGGAACUGUCACGUAUACCAAGGGCAAGGGAACUAUACAGCAGUCGUAUAGCCCUCGAUCCCUACCACCACCUGAAUUACCACCCAGGGCUGUCAGCCCUUCACCUGCUGUCUCUGCUUCCUGGCAUGGGCAGGCUCAGGGUCACAGCCCUUCCAGGGGAAAUGAACAGGCCAAUCCUCUCGGUAGAAGCCACAGUGCUGUCAUGACGUCUAGUGUCGCAUCUCCAGGGAAGACGAUGCUUUCUCCACCCUCCACAGGGACACCAGCCACGAGCUCAUCUGACAUCAACAGGAGCCCCUCCAAUACCCUGAGGAUCACCGGUGGCAUCACACCACCACCAAACACCUCUGCUGCUGCUGCCUCCAUCAAGUCCAAUGAAAAAGUAAAGACUAAAGAGAAGAAGGAGAAAGGGGUGUCCCUCAUGAGGAGAUUGACAAACAUAAAAAAAUCCAAGUCCCCACCUCCUGCCACUUACUCCAUGGAUAAUCCUGUCUUCGAUGAUGGGAAUUUCGUCACUUCUCUGGAUACUGUACACGUUCGCUCGGGAUCCUGUCCGAGUCAAUUGCUCCAGGUGGUACCAAACCAGGAAGGAGUCUCACCGAAUCAUCUCCGAGUGUAUCCUGGAACGGUUCAAGGGAGUGUCACAGCAUCACAAAGAGUUAAGCACAAGGAACGGCCAGCAUUGCCCGUUUCCUUUGUCCAGAGGUCCGGAGAGGCGGGAUGUGCUGUCGCUGUCUCUGGGAAUCACCACAGGAAGAGCAACUCCCUCGACGCAGGCAUGGGAAAACAGAGUAAACAACAGACUGCUACUCGCGAGAGAGAAAGGGUCAAUCGUUUUCGUUGCAUCGUGCCCUAUCCUCCGAACAGUGAAUUCGAGCUGGAGCUGCGUGUUGGUGACAUUAUCUAUGUCCACAAAAAGCGUGAGGACGGAUGGUACAAGGGGACCCAGCAGCGUACAGGACGCACUGGCCUCUUCCCAGCGAGUUUCGUCGAGGCUUUCUGAGACACGACCAAUGGUCGUCUCGUUCUAGAGACAUGUAUAUGAACGACGUACGUCAUAGAAGAGACAACCCUUAAGCAAUGGAGUGAGUUUGCCGGAACUAUUCAAUCGAGUGAGUAAUUAAUUGAGUCAAGUGCCGAACGUUGAGUAGGAGAAUUGAUAACUGCCAUGGCUGGUGAGUGAAGAAAUUAUUAAUAAUGUAAGCUGUACGGGUAUAAUCACUCGUACGCUGAAAUCGCGUGCAAUUUUAAUUACUGCCAGUGGUGAUAAUUGAGGUGGACAUUGUCAUGGAUCUGGUGAUCUGUGGGAGGACCUUUUGAAGCUCAGACGCAGUAUCUUGUCGAUUCUAUGUCGAGUCAUUUUUUGAUUAAUCUGUAAUUUAGGAAAAAUUGUGUCUUUGUCUUGUGGGUAUCAUUGAGGAAUGUAUAAGACUAACUUCAUUGAGACUUAUAAAAAUGCCAUUUUUGUACAGUUGUUUUUUAAAUCCUGUGUAGUCCAUUUUUUUUAGUCCUUUUUAUUCAUUUUUUAUGGAUUUUUUGGGUUACAACGUGCAGAGGUCACUGACUAUCUCGUCAAAUUUCCGAGAAACAAUUAAUUUCCACGUUAAUUAAUGGAAAAUGUUCAUUUACUAAAUUAUUUAGUAGAAGAAAUUCUAGAGAUUUGACUCUUUUCAUUGCUGUCUAUUAGCUUUUACGUGAAAUUUAAAUCAUUGUCUGUUUUUACAUUUUUUUUUUACGUUGAUUCUGUAAAGAAUGAGAUUUACUAUUUUGAAAAGUUUUUAGACCCUCGGUGAUUAAUGAAUAUUGUUUACAAUGUUGAAUGGACGAUCGGUUGUACGUUUUAUCUUAUGACAAUGUCAAUGCGUCAUCGAGGUGCGUACUGACUGUCCAUUUGAUGAUGCACAUAUUAAUGAUAAAGCAUAUCUCUAAUAGCUGGAAUACUCUUGUCGAGUCAAGUGAAUAUAAUUUUAACAAAGGCGUGACAAAGCGUACUUAGACUCACAACUACACGUGUGCAAAUAUUCCAUUGAAAAACCCAAAACUUUCUAUUAAAAAAAAAAUGAUUUCCCCUGCAAUUCGUUUUAUGUGCAUCAUAAAAAAUGCAUUUCAAUAAAAAAAAAUAAUUAAUUGAUAGUCCAUUCAUGAUAAUUUAUCAAUUAUGAAACAAAUUGAUAUUUUUAUCGAUAAUUUUCAUAGGAAAAAUCACAAAUAUCGAUACAUGGUCACAUAAAGUCUGGGAUUUUCUGUCGAUUUUUUGCACGCGUGUGAUUUUAUUUAUUUGUUUUUUAUGAAGUAUACUAUGUAGCCAAACUAAUGGGACCGAUGAGUCCCCUAGAGGAAGAGAAUAUAAUAUACAUAGGUUGUAUCAUUGAACAGUCGCAUUGAUUAUUAUUCUGGGUGACGACUCAAUUGUACCUAAGCUUCGCAGUCAUCAAUUAUUCAGAUCCUCUUAAUGGACUGAGUGAACAACUAGGUAAAACAAAUAGCAAGAAUUUUUUCAUGGAGGUGAAUAAAAUUUGAAGAAACGUGUCAUAAUCGAGACUCCGCGAGUGUUCAAUGGCUUGUACUGCGUUUAAAUAGGAAAAUGUAUUAAUUGAUUAAUCACGCAUAAUUCGAGGAUUCAUAAUUAAUAGCGAUGUAAAUGAUAAUCGUAAGUGAGAGAGGAAAUUGAGUGAAAUAAUGUAAUUUUUUUGUGUUCAGGUACGUUUUCUGGAUUCAAUUAAACAAUAAUAAUCGAAGAGUUGAGAUUAACUGAUUCUAUUUUACCUUCAGCACGAAUUUACUAACGCACAAGCACAAUGUCAGAAUUUUUUCGCUGGCUUUUUUCAAACUUACGACUCUUCACUCUUUUAAGAUGAAUAUAUUUGUAGGUGACGAGUCUUUCACAUAAAUUAUUGGGGAAAUUCUUCGAUUAUUUUUGGAUGUUACCACUAAAUGGCCGUCAUACACCCCCCGGAGAUGAGAAUAAUAUUUAUACACCCAUUUUGUAUGACUGUAGAUCAGUAAGUCACAUUUUACGAUAAAUAGGGGAUAAUGGGGUCUUAAUCUUAAGCACAAACGAUCAUUGAUUAAUUGUGGUGAACGAUUUUUACGAGCUUCAUCCCCACAACGAUUGGCUCACCAGCAAUUUAUGACUCUAACAAAGAAGUAAAGAGUAACAGAUCGACUUGGCUGGUAGUUAAAUUUUUUAUGCAAAAAUAUUACUUGUCAUUUGAUCGAUCAGUUAAAUCGAUACUGUUUACCUUUUUGCUGCUAAAUUUAUCGAGUCGCGAUUGAGUCACAUAAUGACGUCCAAUUUAUUUAUUCUAGCGAAGUAGUGGGUAGUCGAGGAACCAAACUGUAAUGCAUUUUAAUUAUUCAGACGAUCUUUUAUCAACCGUGGGCGAAUUUAUUCAGAUGCAUACCAUACGAAAAUCAAGAGAAUUUCAAGAGGAAACGUGUCAAUUCUCUCUCAUGACAUUUCACCUGUUUAUUAUUCCUCUUAGAUACUGGGAGAGUAUCAUAAAUACUUUACUCCAAUCGUUUUUACAUAUUCAAUUUCAAAAACAUCACGAAAUUAUUUAUCUCGACGAA